AUGCCAUGUCCAACAAAAUGUCAAAAACAAUCAAGAAAGGCUUGUAAAACAAAGGCUAUAAGGAAUUCAAAACGCACUAAAAGACAGAAGAAUCAGCAACAGCGUGAGGAAAUUGACAAGGAGGUGGCCAAUGAGGAUAAUAUAGAAGUGGAUAAUGAUACUAAUGAAGAUUUAGAUGAUGAGGUUAAUGAACAUUUGGAUGAUGAGGUUGAAGGUUAUAACUGGCAUAAUAAAAUCCCAGAUGCUCUCAAAAAUUUGGAACUAGAUAUCAAAAAAGCAAAGGUUAAUAGUGAGGUUUAG